ACACCAGAGCAUUAUACAAUGCACUCUAAAUAAAACACAAAAAUAAUUUUUCCUCGAAGUAUCUCAAAGUAGAUGCUUAUCUAUUAUUUGCUCACGGGUAAAUUAAUCUUAAAAAAUUACAUUUUAUAAUCAAUAAACUAUAAUAAAUCUACUUUUAAAUGGAGGCCAACUUACUGAAUUUAAAUUUUUGUUAUCCAGAUAAAUUAAUUUAAGUGUUUAUAAAAACUUUUUGUGCAGCGGUUAAAAGUGUAGAAUAUUUUUCGAGAUGAAGGUGAUUUUGAUUUCGCUCCUGCUUGGUUUAAGCUUGGCAGAAGAUCCAAUCAACAAUAAAAAAUUUCCUGAUGACUUUCUAUUCGGAGUAGCAAGUUCAGCGUACCAAGUUGAAGGAGCGUGGAAUGAAGAUGGAAAGGGAGAAAGCCUUUGGGAUCAUAGAGUUCAUACUGAUCCCAACUUUAUUGAGGACAAUUCAACUGGAGAUGUCGCCUGUGACUCAUAUCAUAAAAUAAAGGAGGACGUAGCCAUUUUAAAGGAACUAGGUGUCAACCAUUAUAGAUUUUCUUUGUCUUGGACAAGGAUUUUACCUACAGGUCUCGCUGAUGAAAUCAAUGUAGGAGGAGUAAUAUACUACAAAAAUCUGAUCAGUGAACUUAAGGCCAAUAACAUUAUACCGCUAGUUACCAUUUAUCAUUGGGACUUACCACAAGUAUUUCAAGAUUAUGGAGGUUUUUUAAACAGUUCCAUCGUCGAUUGGUAUUCCAACUACGCCAGAGUUGUUUUCUCACUGUUCGGUGAUGACGUCAAACACUGGAUCACUAUCAACGAACCUCAGCAGAUCUGCUCUGGAGGAUACGGCUACGGAUAUUUCCCUCCGACAAUAAAAUCUGAAGAUUUGCUGGAAUUUCAAUGCAUACACAAUCUUGUUAAGGCUCAUGCUAAAGCGUGGCAUAUUUACGAUGAUGAGUUUAGGUCAACACAAAAAGGCGUUAUUUCUAUUACACUUGACACUUCUUCCUAUAUCCCAGCAUCUAAUAAGUCUGAAGACAUAGAGGCAGCUGAUAGGAUGCAGCACUUUACACUAGGUGUAUAUGCCAAUCCUAUUUACGUUGGAGACUAUCCAGAAAUUGUAAAAACAAGAGUAGCGGAACGUAGCAAGGCAGAAGGACGAGAACAAUCUCGUCUGCCAACCUUUACACAGGAAGAAAUUGAAUAUAUAAAGGGGACCCACGAUUUUUUCGGCUUAAAUGUUUACACCGGAAGUUUGGUAGCUGACCUUGGGUACGACCCACCAGUACAGAACCCACCUAGUAAGUGGCAAGAUGUAGCAGUCAAUAAUUAUUAUCCACCUGAAUGGGAAAAUACCACUAUUUUAUAUACGAAGGUAGUCCCAUGGAGUGCAAGAUAUUUAGUCAAUUGGAUCAAGGACAAAUAUAAUAAUCCAGGAAUUAUAGUAACAGAAAAUGGUUAUCCUUCUUAUGGCGAUAAAGAUGAUAGAAGAAUCUACUAUAUUAGAGGUUAUUUAAGUGCUUUGAGAGACGCCAUGGAAAAGGACAAUGUCAGCAUCUUGGGCUACACUGUAUGGAGUAUUAUGGAUAAUUUUGAGUGGACUUCGGGUUACGGCCAAAAGUUUGGACUCUAUGAAGUAGAUUUUAGUUCUUCAAACAGAACAAGAACACCCAGACCAUCUGCAAUGUUUUACAAGAAUGUUAUAGCCACAAGAUGUCUGGUAGAAACAUGUGAUGACUAAACUUUUAAUUAAUUUUGUAUUAAUAAAUAUCAUUUAUGAAUA